GGCGCUCAACGACAUUUUGUUUCGUCUAAGUCGAUCUUCAGGUAGUAUGAUUGAGAGGCGUUCCAUUUUGCGUCUUACAGAUGUUUCAAGUAAGUGUCGCAACACAAGGUGUCUUUCUUCUAUCCUUUCGUGUUAUUGACUAUCAUUCUUUGUUCAGGUCUUGCUGAACUAGCACACAGAGAAUACCAAGCUGGAGAUUAUGAGCGGGCUGAACAACAUUGUAUGCAAUUAUGGCACCAGGACCCAGAGAAUACAUCCACAUUGCUACUGCUCAGUUCUAUACACUUCCAGUGUCGCCGGAUGGAAAGAUCAGCCUAUUUCAGCCAGUUGGCUAUCAAACAAAACCCACUUAUGGCAGAGGCGUAUUCCAACCUCGGCAAUGUUUUCAAAGAGCGAGGGCAGUUGAAGGAAGCAAUUGACAACUACAGACACGCAUUAAGAAUAAAACCGGAUUUUAUCGAUGGAUACAUUAAUUUGGCUGCUGCUUUGGUUGCUGCAGGCGAUAUGGAGUCCGCGGUAAAUGCUUAUGCAACAGCACUGCAGUACAACCCAGAUUUAUAUUGCGUACGAAGUGAUCUGGGAAACCUACUAAAGGCACUUGGACGAUUGGAUGAGGCGAAACUAUGUGCAGUCUUCGAUCGCUGGCUGUUCAGUCAAUCCUUCAGUCUGGACUGGUUCUGCGAACAAAUACAUUCUCAUGCUAUCUGAAAGCGAUUGAGACCUGUCCAACAUUCGCAGUGGCUUGGAGCAACCUGGGAUGUGUGUUCAAUGCUCAAAAUGAGAUAUGGUUGGCAAUCCAUCAUUUUGAAAAGGCUGUUACUUUGGAUCCUACCUUUCUGGACGCUUAUGUCAACCUCGGAAACGUGCUGAAAGAGGCUCGCAUAUUCGAUCGUGCAGUAGCAGCCUACCUUAGGGCUUUGACACUAUCUCCAAAUAACGCUGUUGUGCACGGGAAUUUAGCCUGUGUUUAUUAUGAGCAAAAUCUUAUCGAUCUUGCCAUCGAUACUUACAAGAGAGCAAUUGAGUUGCAGCCCAAUUUUCCCGAUGCUUAUUGUAACUUGGCCAAUGCACUCAAAGAAAAGGGAAAGGUUUUAGAAGCUGAGGAGUAUUACAACACAGCCUUAAGAUUGUGCCCUACCCAUGCAGAUUCCUUGAACAACCUGGCAAACAUCAAACGUGAACAAGGAAAGGCUGAGGAGGCAAUACGACUAUAUGUUCGAGCACUUGAGAUAUAUCCUGAAUUUGCUGUGGCUCAUUCUAACCUCGCAAGCAUGCUUCAAUUACAAGGAAAAUUGCAAGAAGCUUUGCUUCACUAUCGGGAAGCAAUUCGCAUAUCACCAACAUUUGCUGAUGCUUAUUCCAAUAUGGGGAACACCUUGAAAGAAUUGCAGGAUGUUCAAGGUGCGAUGCAGUGUUACCAAAGAGCUAUUCAGAUUAAUCCUGCAUUCGCUGAUGCUCAUUCAAAUCUAGCUAGCAUUCUGAAGGACAGUGGUAACCUCGCCGAUGCUAUAACAUCCUACAAGACCGCCUUGAAAUUAAAACCUAACUUCCCGGAUGCAUUUUGCAACCUUGCUCACUGCCUGCAAAUUGUAUGUGACUGGUCUGAUUACAAGCACCGAAUGAAGAAACUUGUUUCCAUGGUACAAGAUCAGCUAGAAUCAAAUCGCCUGCCAUCUGUACACCCUCAUCAUUCCAUGUUAUACCCACUGACGCAUGACCAGCGCAAAAAGAUUGCCGGGAAACAUGCUUCGCUGUGUUUGGAAAAGGUGUCUUUGCUGCAUCAUCAACCAUUUAGAUUUAGCAAAAAAUUACCUGCUGGGCAACGUUUAAGAAUUGGCUAUGUUAGCUCUGAUUUUUGCAAUCAUCCGACUAGUCAUUUGAUGCAAAGUAUCCCAGGUCUACAUGAUCGAACUAAAGUCGAGGUGUUCUGUUACUCACUUGCACCUGACGAUGGCACCAAUUUCAGAGCUAAAGUCGCAAAUGAAGCUGAACACUUUGUUGAUCUAAGUGGGAUUCAGUGUCAUGGAAAAGCUGCAGAUAAAAUUGCAAGCGAUGGAAUUCAUAUUCUCCUAAAUAUGAAUGGUUAUACGAAAGGUGCACGUAAUGAAAUAUUUGCACUGAAGCCUGCACCAAUCCAAGCUAUGUGGCUGGGUUAUCCUGGCACAAGUGGUUCGACAUUUAUGGAUUAUAUCAUCACGGACAUGGUAACAUCUCCCAUGCACUUAAGCCAUCAAUACUCUGAAAAGUUGGCAUACAUGCCCAAGACAUUCUUUAUUGGGGAUCAUCAACAAAUGUUCCCUCAUUUACGCAACCGAGUUAUUCUGGAGAGCGCUGAAGAUGCCACCGCAGGACGCCGUGUAACAGAUAAUUCUAUUGUUGUCAGUGGUUUAGAUAUCAAGGCCCUGCUACAAGUUGCUUGUGUGCGUGAAGUCACUUACGGAGGUCGCUUGGUUGAGAUUCAUGGCAGCCAACGUAAAGAUGUUUCUUACUUCACAAAGCUCACCGUGUUAACGAUUCCCUCUUUACAGCCUAUACAAAACAUGAUUCGUACAAACAGUCCGUCUUGUACUAUCAAUGGCGUAACUAUUCAUAAUGGCUUGGUGACACAACAAACACAAUCCAAAGCUUCUGCUGGUGAAGAAGUGCCUCGUGAUCUCAUUCUUACUUCCAGGCAACACUAUGGCUUGCCGGAGGAUGCCGUCGUUUUUUGCAACUUUAAUCAGCUAUAUAAGGUUGAUCCGUCAACAAUGAGAAUGUGGGUUGAAAUCCUGAAAGGUGUCCCGAACAGUGUGUUGUGGCUGCUACGUUUUCCAGCUGCUGGCGAAGCCGGUGCACUUGCAGCGGCCUCAGAGAUGGGUCUUCAACAGGUGAACCGUCGAAUUUUAUUUAGUAACGUUGCGCCAAAGGAGGAACAUGUUCGGCGUGGUCAGGUUGCUGAUGUCUGUCUGGACACGCCUUUGUGCAAUGGACAUACUACUGGCAUGGACGUUCUGUGGGCUGGUUGUCCUGUAGUUACCCUUCCACUCGAAACAUUAGCGAGUCGCGUUGCGGCCAGCCAGCUUCACACUUUGGGGUGUCCUGAGCUUGUCGCCAACAGUCAGGAGGACUACGUUCGAAUCGCAACCAAGUUGGGAAACAACCGUGAAUAUCUUCAAGCAAUGAGGGCUAAAGUUUGGAAGGCAAGAGAGUCAUCUGCUCUUUUCAGCUGUCGCAGCUACACUGCUGACAUAGAAGCCCUCUAUUUCCGAAUGUGGCAGCAGUAUGAAGCCGGCUCUAUUGAACACAUCGUAGAAUGGCCCUCAAAGUCCAAUAAGGAGAGCACUUAGUCUUGUCACCGUAAUCUACUUGCUUGUAAAUAUAUCAUUUAUUACUAGCUUGGUUUUCUGCAUUCUUUCUAAAGUGGUUAGAAUGGUAGUAUGUUGUAUCGUGUUAAAAUUGCUGGUUAUGAGGAAUGGUGUACUUAUUCGAUGUAUGUAUUUGGGUGGUUAAUUACUACAUAUCGUAUAUGAGUCAUUUGAAGCUAGGGAGUUUAAGUUGGGUCGUAUAGUUUCGUCCACUCAGAGGUUAACCUCUAUCGUAUUCCUGGCUAAAGUGGUCUUUUUGAUGGCUUCGUCCUAUAGCUUUGUGGUGGUCAGUAUCUUUAUCUAUGUGCUUCAUUUAACAAAUGGUGGGUUUGUAGGUAUACAUAUUAUUUAUUUUCCCAUGUUCAAUCACUACUGUUCAUGCGCCAUAGAUGGUCUGUUAACAAUAAAUGUAACGGCAGAUUGUUCGUUAACUUUGGUUUGCGUGACUAAGCGUUGUCUUUCUCAGCGUGUAGUUAGGAUUUAUGUUUAGAUAGUAAUACAAAUCACUAAAUUAUGAUCCAACGCAAACUUAGUUUGUAAGGCUUUCUAAAGGAACUCGCCUUAAUAUCAUCGCUCAGAUAAGGAAUUCUCCCUGUUAGUGUUAUAUGCAGUCAAAACGCUUGAUCAGUUAAGGUAGUUUAUUUCUUAGCUCAUUUUGGGAAGUGUUCUUUCAUUAUGAAAUUUGGAGUGUAUUCGAACUAAUCGACGCAGCAUACCUGAUACUUCACAAUGUGCUUGGAGGACGAUGUCUAGUCCUACUGUGCAAAUGUAAAGAAGUUCUAUGAGUCUUAGCUCUUGCCGUUUUCCUGUAUGAUGUUAUUGCACGAGGUAGACACCAGCUUGAGGCUACAUACGCGACAAACUUACAAUCAACCUUUCUACAACAACUGAAUGCUCAGGUCUGUCAUAUGUGAUUGUGGUUCGGUUUGUUCAUAAGAUCCCUCGUGCGAAGUAAACCAUUGAGUGAGUGAUGUAGUCGUCGACAGUAGUAAAUUAUCAAUUUAAAAGACAUUUGAAAAAUGAGCGGCGGUCGGUCAAAAAAAAGUAGGUAAUAGUUUAGCCUUAAAAAAGACUCCCUAACUCAACUAAAAUUGACAAAAGUUCCAAGAGAAGCAACAUAACCAGUAGAUAGCCUAUAAAGCUCGAUAUUUUGCGUUAAUUGAGUUAGUUAUAAA